GCGAGGUUGGCCAUAAAAAUUUCUACCUAGUAGCUCUUGACAACACCAGUGAUAACCUGACGACAUGUUCCGCAGGUUGCGCCAAUGGGGGGAAGGCAUUUUGGGCAAUACCGAUGUCCACACAGAAGGGUCCUCCACCCUGAUGGAAUGAUAUAACAGAUCUGACAUUGACAUUGAUGCUUCAGCUCACGGACUUCAGUCUCAAGCCCACAGACUUCAGUCUCAAGCUCACAGAUUUCAGUCUCAAGCUUGCCGACCAGCCUGUCCUUUCUAGUCAUUUCUGCACACAGAUGCUGCACUUCUUCUUCCAGCGCUUUUCUCUUCGCAUGCUCCGCCUUGAAAAUGUCAUGAAUUCCCUGGUUUGUGGUUUCCUAUCUCAAUAUCAGCAAAGAAACGGCCCCACCAUGAGCCACACGGGGAAGAGUCUUACCAAAACAGUGCCCAAGUUGGGUAUUUUACAUUUUUUCGGUGGCUGCCACAUUUCGGAGGGUGCUGGGCCAUCAAAUAGAGCCUCAUACAUCGGAUAGCUGUAGUCUGUGCGGGGCCUCUUUCUUCACAGCUUUCACACUGGGGGCUGGUGUUCAUCCAUCUCCGCAUCUGAACUGAUGAUGAUAGUGUUAUGAAGCCCGUCGCGAGGACUAUCAGCUGACGCCAUGAUUAAAGGAUGGUUGUGCCCUGGAAAUGCAGCUCACUAGGAACAGCUCAUGCUGCAAGGAGGUGACUCCAGAUGCGAGGCUGUGGGUAAACAAAGAAGAAUGAUGAAGAGCACCAGUGGGGGAAAAUAGAUUCUUUUAUGUUCGCUCGGUCGCCUUCGAGUACACAAGGGCCUCCGGGCGGGUUUCAGCGGUGUAGGAUGGGAAGUGGAAAGGAAUUGAAAGAAAGAUGGAUUCAAAGGCGGGAGGGAGCCCAUAUAUAUACCCAGGGCCGGGGAAGCAGUCACGCGAGUUCAGGCUGUGCUGUCUCAUCUGUUGGGAGCCAAUAAGCCUCACUGAACAUGUGCAGGGGAAUAGCGUCGCAAAUUUUCACUGGCAGUCAACACCCUGAGACCCUAGGGAAAAGCCCUAGAACCGGAUGGGCUCGGAGUGAGAUGGGGAGAACAACCUUCGUAGCCAGUGAACUGGGGUCGUUAGGCGUGCUUUCCCUCUUCGAUUCCUUUCCGGUGAGGGAGAACCGUCGGCAGGUCUGGGAGGUAACAUCGUACGUGGAGGUAGCCAUGUUGUGAGAUGAGAUGAUGAGAUGCUGUUCUGCCCCGAUCCAGGCGGCACUUGACGUCUCUAUAUGUCCCACGUUCAACGCCCCCCUGCGAACAGAAUAGGUCGAGGAUAGGCAAAAUGGUAGCUGAGAUGUGCCUUGCGUGGGUCGCCAAUCAUCCACACUGAAGCAGCUGCCGAACCGGGGGAUGAUGCAUUGAAGGGGAGGACCAUCGCAGACAUACUCCUGGCUUCACCCUCAUGCCAUAUCGAGCCCAUGGACAUCUCGUUUCCAAUCACCCAACACGUAGCGAGAUUCGAGGCACAACUGCAUGUCAGCGCUUCUUGCCAGAGGGCGCAGCGAGAUGGGCGCCAGAUCAACGAACUUGAGCUCUCAUCCAGUCAAUAUUGAUCAGGUGGAAGGACAAUCCCACACCAAAUGAGCACUUGAACCAGUCAAAUCUGCCCCAAACCCUCCUGAUGCGCCAGGAAAGUUAACCGACCAACUUCCAGACCUUUCCUACGGUCAGUAGGACCGGGGCAAGAGGCAAGGGGCUGGCACGUAAUGGAGGCCGAGCUGCACCCAAUCCCAAUCAUUGAGGCUUAUCAUUUUGCAAUACACAUACCCACGGGUACGGCUUGGCAAUCCCAUGAUGGCUUUAUACGCGAGAGCAAGAUGAAGCAAAAUACAAAAUGCAGCUUGUGCUCUGCUCCUAUAAUUCCCGCUGGUUUCUGUCCACAGGGUGCUGGACCCUUUCCUCCAGUCAAUAAGGCGAGGGAUAAGGGGCAGGCAUGUAAUGAAAAGGCAGAACCUGACCCACAGCCAAUCAUCUGUCCUGGAAACAGUGCGACAACACCCCUGACUUCCCCCUGUGCUGCUUUUGUCAGAGGCGCAGUGAGGUAGGUGUAGGAGAAGCAGACUCCCCGCCAGUUAGAAUGGACCAGGUGGAAGGUAAUGCUGACAGGUGAUGCUGCCAGUCAAAUGAACAUGGUCUAAAAGGCUAUAAAAGGCACUUCCCCUCUCAUCUGAAUACAGCCUUCAGUCUCCUUCAAAAUCUUCUUCCCUCUUCAAGAUAUUUGCUCGUCUUGCUGCACGUCCUCAACAUGGAUAGACAAGGAACCGAGAACCCUCCUCCAUUACCCAGUCAGCAUCUGUCGCCCGAUGCGCAGCAAAAUUCUACCAUCCCAACUUAUCGCGAUGCGUUGGGUGACUUUCUCCAGAAGGUGCCAUCCCAAACCCAUGCCUCGGCCUCUUUUAACGUCCCAAACAAGCGGCUGUCUGUUGACAGGACCUCAAAUAACCUGUCUCAACAUUCUGGCGACAUCGAACCCGAAGAUAAAGACAAUAUCUCAGAUUCUGGGGCUACAACAGAACCUUUGGCUGAUGGCGUGUUGGAGAAUCUUCACUAUCGGUAUGAGGCGGGGGAGGUUGAGAGGAGUCCUAAGAUCUGUCAUGUCGGAGAAAAGGUAUUGCGAGACGGUAAUUAUGUUCGCAAUGUGCGCUAUGUGGUGGAAACGUAUCUCCCGGACAAUUGGCUCCCGGGCAAUGCCAGGCUCAAGCUGCGGAAGCAGGAGGAGAAGCAACAAAGAAAGAAAGAGAAGAUACAACGAAAGAAACGUCUGAGCACAUUACGUCCUCGACCAUCAACACGCAAUUAAUGGAAGAUGGGAUGUUCGCUUGUCAAUUAUGCCAACCAAAACACUCAUUUGUUUAUUUGAUAUUAUAAUACCC